UCUAGAGAGCUUCCGAAUAUUUUUGUUUGUAAACGCAAUUUGUUUGUAAACAAAAAUGGCCAAACGAUUUCAUGUGGCAGACGACGAUGAAAUUGAAGAAUUGUUACAAAACAAAGAUUCACUAAACACAAAAAAAAGUACUGCAGUUGCAGUUAAAUGUUUCCGACAAUUUCUUGAGGAGAGGGGGAGGGAAAACAUAAAAUUUGAGGAGUAUGAACUUUCAGAACUCGACGUUGCACUGAAGAGUUUUUAUGCUGGUGCUCGUAAAUCUGACGGAAGUUUGUUCAAGAAAUCGGCUAUUCAAAAUGUCAAAUACGGAUUAAAAAGAUACCUACAUGAAAAAAGAAACAUUGACAUAAACAAGGACAAUGAAUUUACCAAGAGCAAUUUGAUAUUCCAAGCAGUUAAGGUUGAUUUAAAGCGCAAGGGCUUUGCUAAAGUUGAUCAUUAUCCUGAUAUUUCUGAGGAGGAUUUACAGAAACUUUACGUCAAUACUCCUUAUGGUCUCCAGUUCAAAGUUUGGUUUGAGUUAAUGCUUUUCCUGUGUAGAAGAGGUCAGGAAAAUUUACGUACAAUGACCAAAGAUACAUUUCGUGUGAAAAAAGAUGCAAGUGGUAUGAAAUAUGUUUACCAAAACAAGGAUGAACUAGACAAAAAUCAUAGGGCCAACACUGAUCCAUCUGACUCAGUUACAGAAGGAAGGAUGUACGAGAAGAAAGGUGAUUUGAAAUGUCCAGUAGCUUCUUUUGAAAAUUAUAUUUCAAAAUUGUGUCCAGAUCUUGAAGCUUUAUGGCAAAGACCAAAAGCAUCCUUUGAUGUGGGUGAAUCUACAUGGUAUUGCAAAUCUCCUCUUGGGAAAAACACUCUGGCUGGUAUGAUGUCUGAAAUAUCUCAUAUUGCUUUAUUGUCUAUGGCAUAUACCAACCAUUCCAUUAGAGCUACCAGCAUCACAGUAAUGGAUGUAGGAGGGGUAACAGGUCGUCACAUAAUGAUGGUGUCUGGUCACAGAAGUGAAAAUUCAUUAAAAUCCUACUCAAACCGUGUUAGUGAUAAAAAAAAGAGGGAAAUAUCUGAUAUUUUGAGCAAGGCAAUCUCUACAAAUAAACAGGAGCAUUCAUCAGAAAUUGAAAAUGUAGUUGUUGAAAAAACUUCUGAAGUACUGCAGCCUAUUCCACCACAGGAACUUUUAGAACUGUUUUCAAAUGAUAUGCAACUGGAAGAAGUUAAUGAAAAUGUCUUGAGUGAUUUGAAUCUAAUGCAUGGUUUGAACACAAUUAAUAAAUCAUGUGAUAUGAAAGACAAUCGUACACAACCAUUGCAAGAAAGAUGCAUGAAUGUCCAAAUGAAUAAAACCAAUCAGGUUGAGUGUUGUGGGUCAAGAGGAUUUUUUUCCUUUGUUCCAAAAUUUGAAAACUGUUCUGUUAAUGUUACAGUGAACAAUUUUCAAGCCAACUAAGUGAAGCUUAUCCAUGGAAAAUUUCAAAAAUUGUUAAAAAUUGUUAAAAAAAAAAAAACAAUACCUUUUGACACUUUAUCACUUUUUUCAAUUACUCAUAAACAUACAUGCACAUGUAGCAAAAACAUUUAAUACUCCAGUAUUCACAUACUUUAUUACAUGACAAUCAUACACAUGUAUUUGUUAUAACUUUUUAUUUUGUUUUGUUGUUAUUGUUGAAAUAAAAAGUUGCAGUUAU